AUGGAGGGCGGCCCUAAUCUCCAAAAGGACUUACAAGCUAUGAUAUUAUUAUGGAGAAAGUUUGAAUUCGUAUAUACAGCUGAUAUUGAGAAGUUUUACCGCCAAAUAUUAGUUCAAGAACAGGAUCAACAUUUACAGAAAAUAGUGUGGCGGGAAUCUACAUCUCAACCUAUUUCAGAUUACCAACUGUGUACAGUCACAUACGGGACUAAGGCCGCUCCUUACCUUGCCAUGCGAACCAUCGCCCAACUAGUGCAGGACGACGGACACAAGUACCCAUUAGCCACGGAUAUUUUGAACAAACAGCUGUAUGUCGAUGACUUACUCGGCGGCUGCAAUAACAUACAAGAAGCUAAAGAAGCACAACAACAAAUAAUUAACAUCCUAAUCGGCGGCGGUUUUAAGUUACGUAAAUGGGACAGUAACAACAACCAACUCCUUGAACAUUUACCGAACGAUGUGAUAAGUCAAAAUAUGUUUGACUUUAAACACGCUGAAACAAAUAAAACGCUCGGCCUGUCGUGGAAUCCGCGUACCGAUCAAUUUACAUUUUUAAGCGUCAUACAGACACGCGAUGAGAUGCGGCCAACAACAAAACGCACAUUAUUAUCGAGCAUAUCUAAAAUCUUUGACCCGCUCGGUUGGCUGUCUCCUAUAACAAUUAAAGGCAAGCUCCUGUUUCAAAAAGUAUGGGCUAUAAACUUGGCCUGGGAUGAUGUACUUCCGGAGGAAGUGCAGCAGGAGUGGAACACGCUACAAGAAGAUAUACACAACAUUGCCGAAAUAAAAAUUCCUCGGUGGAUGGGCGAUACUAAUAAGCCUAUAGAACUACACGGAUUUUGUGACGCAUCGGAGAAAGCAUACGCAUGCGUCAUCUACUGUAAAUCCGUGACUAACGAUAACAAACGUAUAGUAAAAUUAGUGGCAGGGAAGACAAAAUUAUCACCACUCAAUAAAACUAUGUCGCUCCCACGGCUGGAGUUAUGCGGUGCAUUAUUGCUCGCUAAACUAAUGAAAAAAGUCAUAGACACAAUAAACAUUCAGACAGGAACAAUUACAAUACAUGGGUGGACCGAUUCAAUGGUAGUUCUGGGUUGGUUGCAGGGAGAAAUUGGACGUUGGAAAACGUUUGUUGCCAACCGAGUGACUGAGAUUAAAGAUGUCAUGCCAUCACAUUGCUGGAGACACGUGAAGUCAGAGGACAAUGCCGCGGACUGCGCUAGCCGAGGACUAUUGCCUUCUCAGGUGCUUAAACAUGACUUAUGGUGGGAAGGUCCGAAAUGGCUCAAAACCAUCAACAUGGAACACCAACCAACGAUGACAUAUGAACCUGUCACGGAUGAAGAGAAAAAACUAAAGGUUUUCACUAUCAACUCUAACUCCCAACCAACGCUCGUCGAGUCCCUUCUAAACAAUCACAGCUCUGUGGGGAAGGUGACGCGCAUACUGUCUUGGGUAUUACGUUUCAUUCAUAAUCUACGGAACAAAAAUAAUAAAACUACAUCGAACUUGAAUGUGAAUGAAAUCCAAAACGCGCAAUACUUUAUUAUCAGGGCUGUGCAACACAAACAUUUCAACAAAGAAUUUGAACAACUUUCUAACGAAAAUAAACUACCACGGAAAAGUCCACUGUUGAACUUGAAUCCUUGGAUUGAUCAGCACGGCAUAUUGAGAGUCGGCGGCAGAAUUACCCUUUCAAACCUGGAAGAGCAAAACAAACAUCCUAUGAUCAUACCUAGUAAGGAUCGAUUGGGUACUCUCCUGAUUGACUGGGCACACAAAAUGACCUUGCAUGGUGGGGCAAGGCUUACACUAACUUACCUGCGGAACCAAUACUGGCCGCUUGGCGGCAUGACGGCUGUCAAAAAAGAACUACACAAAUGCAUCAAGUGCCUGCGCUUUGGAGCUCUCAGUAAAAACCAGAUAAUGGCUGACCUGCCAAGACCCCGCGUCACGCCAUCACGCCCCUUCACACAUACCGGGGUAGAUUUGGCCGGACCUGUGGAUGUAAAAUCUAACAAAGGCAGAGGCAUAGCAACAACCAAGGGGUACAUAGUGAUCUUCAUUUGCAUGUCUACCAAGGCCGUUCAUAUAGAGCUGGUAUCUGAUCAAAGCUCUAUAACAUUUUUGGCUGCUUUCAAACGACUGUGUGCUCGUCGUGGAACUCCAAAACACAUGUACAGUGACUGUGGCACCAAUUUCGUUGGAGCUGCCCACAGCCUGAAACGAGAACAGACAGAAGCUUUAAAACAUUACUUACCUUCGGAAGUUAUGGAAGACCUCACGAACUGCGACGUCGAAUGGCAUUUUAACGCUCCUUCAUGGCCAACAGCAGGCGGUUUGUGGGAAGCAGCAGUUAAACGAAUGAAACAUCAUUUGAAGAGGGUGUUAGGGGAGCAGAAGUUAACAUUCGAAGAGUUCGCUACUCUAUUAACACAAAUUGAGUCUUGUAUUAACUCGCGGCCCCUAGUCGCGUUAACAAACAGCAUUGAAGAUUUGGACUGUCUUACACCUGGACAUUUCCUAACUGGAGACCAAACAUUAGCCCCUCCGCUUUCGGAAGAGGUAGAAAACAUUAGCCUGGGAACACGCUGGAAGCUCACGGAAAAAAUGCAUAAAGAUUUCUGGCGAAGGUGGUCCGCAGAAUAUCUUCAAUCCUUACAAACACGAAGCAAAUGGCAUUACGCUGGAAAGGAUUUCCAAGUCGGUGAUCUCGUGAUCAUCAAGGAGGAUCAUGUACCGCCAGCUCGUUGGCUGCUGGGCAGGGUCAUUCUGACUCAUCCUGGUAAUGAUGGCCAUGUGCGCGUGGUAACUCUGAAAACUAAAAACAGUGAUGGAGUCAAGCGUCCGACCAGCAAACUGAUCCGAUUGCCCAUUGACUCACAGGAACCUGAAACACAAAAAACAAACAUUAAUCACAGUCAAGACACAGAUGAAGCACAAAACGCCAACAAUCAACAAAAACAACGUAAACCUAAAACAAACAAGGGAACAUUCAGCAACUUAUAUAAUAUCUUAUACAUAUUAUUAACAACAUUCUGCAUCUCUGUAACCGCAAAAGAAAUACCACGGAAAAUGGAAGUGACAACCCUAAAUCACAAUCAACCGCUUUACUUUGAUAAGGUUGCUGAUAUGCAACUGAUACAAGACGAGUGGAAAAUGGUCAUUUAUUACAACUUAUCUAUUUACUGGCAUAGUUUAACAAACAUCGAGUACCAUGUAACCAUGUUGGAUGACUUGAGUAAGGACGAACCGGCCUUCAAACCGUUGACAUCUCAGUUAAGACAUGAAGUAAAGGAGCUUCAACAUUACAGCACGAUUCUGAAAACCGAGCAUGGCAGACGAUAUAGAAGAGGUCUCAUUGACGGGGUGGGCUACGUGGCUAACUCGUUAUUCGGUGUGCUCGACGAACGAUUCGCCUCCAAAUAUGAUGAAGACAUUAAAACGAUUCAAACCAAUGAGAACCAUCUACUCAACUUAUAUAAACAGCACACUUCGAUUAUUGAGGGAGAACACAACAUUAUAAAACGAAACGAAGAGAUGAUGGUCAAACAGUUCUCAAGCAUUAGUGAACAAAUGUCUGACUUGAACAACCUAAUCCAGGGUGAACAAAGGAAGGCUAUGCACAUUACUGCAGCAGCCCUUACAGCCAACUUGAUUAUCGACAAUUUAAGACGCUUACAACAGCAACUACUUGAUCUGCUCAAAUCCCAAAUGACGUCACGCUGCCAUGUAUCAGUAGUCAACAAGACUGCAUUCGCGAAAUGUAUAAACUUUCAAGAGUGCAUGUACGACUUACAGACUUCUUGA